AUGCAGAAGUCUACCUUGACAGCGUCUCUCUUUUCAUGUCUGUUGCCGUGGGCACUCGCAGACUUUAUUGAUAUACCUACCUAUCCCACUCCAAGGAAGCUCUCGAGCGAAGACAGCCUUGAACCUGGAGCGUGGAAGAACUUCUCAUCGAUCCUGGACGCACACCUGCAACAGAAUACAUCAAACGGUGACGCAACGGAUUACCUGGCAGGCCUCGAGAACGUGACGUUCUCAGUGGGACUUUUCUCGCUCCACGAUCCAGAAGCGACUACGCAUCAAUACCACUACACCUCUCCUCAAAUCGCCGAGUCAGAAUUCGGAACCAAGCAGGUCGACGCAGAUAGUAUAUAUCGUGUCGCAAGCGUGUCCAAGCUUAUAACUGUGUACACUGGACUGCUUGAACUAAGCGAAGAAGACUGGGACAGACCACUUACUGAAUACUUCCCUAGCUUGAAGAAUGUCACUGCUAAGACGCGACUCCAGAGCGCGCCUGGAUGGAACAUCAUCACUCCCCGAGCCCUGUCAAGCCACAUGAGCGGCAUUUCAGCAACUGGCAUAAUUGCGGACUCGUUACUCUCAUUGAUCGGCGUGGCCGUGGCUCAAAACGCUUCCCUCAGUGGUUCAGAUCUGCAAGCGGCUGUUGAUGCUCUCGCAAUCGCGUCCGGUCUUCCACCGCUUCCGAUCGAGUCGCUCGGAUCAUGCGCAUUGCUAGGAUGCAACAACUCGCUGGAUGAGUUCGUAGAUUCUUUCAAGCCCUAUCCUCCGGUAUUUCAGCCUUGGACGACUCCUGCGUACUCCAACCUGGGCAUGUUCAUUCUGGGCCAGGUCAUCCUCAACGUCACUGGCAGGAGCUACACAGACUACGAAAGCCUGUACGGGGAGGCAGUCUUCGACCAUUUGAACAUGUCAUCGACCUUUGUCAAUGCGCCAGCAGCCAGUGAUGCUUCUUUCAACAGAUCUGUGAUCGCUGGCCCUGUGCCGAACAAUUGGGAGUUUCCAUUGAACGGUCCAACCAUUCCUUCCGGUGGCAUACUCUCAACAUUGAAUGAUCUGAACAAGCUUGGGGUCGGCAUUCUCAAUCAUACACUACUGUCUGCCGAAGCCACUAGGGCAUGGAUGAAGCCAGUCACGCACUCUGCCAGCUUGUCGUACUCGAUUGGCGCGCCUUGGGAAAUCGUCCGCUAUUUGAGCCCUUCGAGUGGGAAAGUCAUCGACAUCUAUACCAAACUUGGCGACUCCGGAUCAUAUUCCGCCAUGCUGGCUUUCAUUCCCGAAUACAAUGUAGGAUUCUCUUACCUGAGCGGAUACUUUGUUGCGCCUGGCACGGAUGGGCGAUUGCGGGACAAGACUGCAUUUGGUAUCAUCAAUACGCUCGUGGAGACUCUGAUGCCAGCUCUCGAAGCCCAGGCCGCAAGUGAGGCCGAAGCGAACUUUGUCGGCACAUACAGUGCUGGGGAAAGCGAUAAUUCAACUCUUGUCAUCGCACAGCGCACGGAGACCAAUGUGACGUCCGGAGAAGGCGCUGGCCUGUACAUCGAGCACUGGACCUCAAAUGGAGUGGACGCGCUCCCCAUAUUCGCUGGUCAGGUUCCACGUCUGCUACCAGCGAUGCAACAAGCCGGCGCUUCUCCAGACGAAGUGACAUUCCAGGUUUCCCUAUCCCCGCAAUGGAGCACGUACGCAGCCGCUGGCCUGGGUCCGUUCACUGGCUUCUAUGACAGUAACUUUGCUUGGCUCUUGUUCGAUAGCGCCGACGCUGGUGGGCGAUAUGGAGGGCAGGGUAUUGGGACGUUCGUGUUUGAGCUGGACGAGCGGGGACGGGCAGUUGCGGUGACCAACGCGGCCACAGGCGCGAGGAUGGAACGAGCAGCGUGA